AUGAUUAAGUCUACACUACUAUAUAGGGAGGAUGGCCUACCAUUAUGUACAUCUGUGGAUGACGAUAACAUGAAUCCUCAGCUUUCAGAGCAGAAGAAAAGGGUCAAGAUGCUUGUCUCUAGAAUGACACCACAAUCAGCAACUGAAGCGACGAUUGAAAGUAAUAACUAUGAGAUAAAUUAUAUCAAAAAUGGUGUUGUGAUAUAUUUUGUUAUUGUUGAAAAAAAUUAUCCAAGAAACCUAGCCUUUUCAUACCUGAAUGAUAUUCAACAGGAAUUUCAGCAUUCAUACAUUAACGAUGUCACCAAACCAAAUAUUAGACCGUAUGCAUUUGUGAAGUUCGACAAUUUUUUGACCAAAACCAAGAACAUAUACAGUGAUAAGAAGGUUCAAGAUAAUCUAGAUCAAUUGAAUCAAGAACUAGUUGGUGUCAAACAAGUCAUGUCGAAAAACAUAGAAGAUCUGUUAUAUAGAGGUGAUUCAUUGGAUAAAAUGAGUGAUAUGAGUUCUAACUUGAGAGAAACGUCUAAGAAAUACAGAAAAUCAGCUCAAAAGAUUAACUUUGAUCUUUUAUUAAGUCAAUAUGCACCAAUCGCCAUUUCUGCAUUGUUAGGUGUCUUCCUGUUUUGGUAUAUUUUCCUUAGAUGA